CUUGUUGCUUCAGCUUAACGACUAGCGAGCGGCAGAGAAGAUGUCGCCGUCGUCGUCGCUGAGCGCGCUGCGGCACAGGCUGAUGGCCACCGUGUGCUGCUGCUUUGGCCAGGGCGCCGGCGGCCUGGGCGAGCGGACGCGGUGGCGCCGCCGCGCGGACGUCGGGGAGUUCCGGUACGACCCGCUGAGCUACGCGCUCAACUUCGACGAGGGCGACGGCGACGAGGAGGAGGAGGAGGAGGAGGAGGGGCAACGGGGUGCCCGCGCCCGCCGCGGCGACGGCCUGCUCUACCACAGCUUCUCCUCGCGGCUGUCGACGCCCGCCGCGGUCGUCGAGGUCGCGUAGCCGUGUAGCGCCUGCCUACCUGGGAGCGGAAGUGCCGGCCGAUGAUAUCAGUUUUGGCUGUACUUGUGCGGUUGUGCCUUGAAUCUAGGCUAUUAGUAGCAUAUGCGUCAGAUCAGAUCGACGAAGAACCGAUAUAGUUGUGUUAGUGGUCUGAUCCAUGUAAAAAUGUUAGCAUACGUGCUUGAUUAUUGAUUGUUAUAUACUAUCGGGUUUGGAGGUCUA